UGGCUUUUCCCUAAUCCCCCAUGCUUUUCCCACCAUAAUCUGUCUCUUGCUUUCAGAACUUCGUUACCUCAAAAAAUCACGAGUUAGGUGUUAAUGACAACUAUUAACGAUCUUAAUCAGCAAAAAUGUCGCAAAUCACUACAAGAAUAAGACCAGAUUUUUCCGGAUCAAAAUUCCGUUCCUUUCUUAAAGAAUUCGUUCAUUUGCAUUGACAUUUCAUAUUCUAAGAACAACCCAUUAAGGAUUCAACUGUUUCCUUGAAGGGUUUUGCAAGGAGGAGGAAUCUAUAUACAUGUCAGAACAAAUUUAGUCUUGAAGAAAAACCCAGAAUAAAAGCAAAAAUAGACUUUCCAGAGCUGCAUUUGUCUCGCAAUCCAAGAUCUGUUAAAUUCUUGAUGACACAAAAUGGGGUGGAAGGAUGCUUGUUAGGAAGCACCAGCUGCAACCUGGUUUGGUGGUUGCCGGAAGUAAGCUCCGGCGGCCCAUUUGACGGCGGGAAGUCCAAGUUAAAGGACCAGCCUUGCAUGCUGGAAGAGGGUGACGAUCUUGACAUCCAAGGUCCUCUCGAAAAUGAGGGAGGUAGAGCAGCUGCGGGGGACGAGGGAGACGUGAUGGUGGUGAAAAAAGGGCCGUGGUCGGCUGAGGAGGAUGAGAGGCUGAAAAAGUGUGUGGAAGAGCACGGGAUAGGGAACUGGAUAACCAUAGAGAAGUAUUCAGGGUUGGGUAGGACAUCAAAGAGCUGUAGACUUCGGUGGACUAAUCAUCUAAGGCCAAAUCUUAAAAAGGGCUCUUUUACCAAACAAGAAGAGAGACUUGUGGUCAAAUUGCACAAAAAAUAUGGUAACAAAUGGUCAUACAUAUCCUCCAAGCUACCAGGGAGAACAGACAACGAGAUCAAGAAUUUUUGGCAUGGAAGGGUGCGAAGGUGUCGAAGAAAAUUCCUACCUAUCUACCCAGAGGACAUUGAGGAUGGUGGAUCACGUGGAGAUGGCUUAGAUACUGAUGGGAAGAACAAUAUCAAUGACAAUGAUCAUAACUCCAGCGCCAAGAAUGGUACUAACAGUAUUCCUUCAUUCCCCUCCAUUACGUUGCCUGAAUUUCAGCCCCCACUAUCACUUUCUGUUCCCUUCCAACAGCAACCAAGUCCUGUAAUAAAUCAAAACCCUGCUUCAUUCUUUACUCCACUGCCUCGAACUCGGCUCCUCUCUCCACAAGAGAAGCCACUCCCAUCACCACAUGGCUUCUUAUCUUCACAUUACCCAAGCCCUGCAUGCUAUCCAACUCACAUUCCUCAAUCACCCCUUAGUACACCUUCCCAAACUCAAUACCACUCAAUUCAAAGAUCCCAAUCAACUGAAACCCCUGAUACAACACUCCAGAAUCCACUUUUAUCAUUGCCACCAGACUGCUCAUCUAUACAUCAGUCCAACUCCCCUACUGGUCCUGCAUUCACACCUUUGAAACCUCCACCAGUUCUAUCCCCUUACGUUGGUUAUCUCAAGGGAUCUCGAGGAAGCUCCAGCCUGCAGUCUUCACCAACUGCAGUAACUCAAUCUUCGGCUCCUGCACAAGGGAGCUCUAUCUCAGCAAAAGGAUCUUCAGCACCUUCCCCCAAGAUAGACGUUUCAUCUUCAGUUACUUCUUCUCAAUUUAGCUCAACCGCAACAGGAUCCCUAAUAAAUUCUCCUAAACUGCAUCUAUCCGUACAACUGCCUACCGCAUCUUCUGUCCCACUGCAGACUUCAUCCCUGCCUUCUGCUCUUUCUUCUAGUAAUCUGAACUCACCCAAAAUACAUGAUCCCAUGAUAGCAUCUCCACAUUCUCCCCUCCGUUUGAACUUAACAAGCUCAAUACCAUUAGAUUCCCAUCUCCAACACAAUCGAUGUGCAUCACCAUUUCUGUUAUCUUCUCAGUCAUGGAAUGCAUCAAAAGCAGAGCCCCCUUCAGUCCAAACUCCAACAUCUGCCUUGAGACCUACCCCUGAGAUGAAAGACAGUGAAAGAAGCGUUGCGGUAUUGGAUGCUCCAUUGCAGGAAGCUCAAGCAAAGACAGACACCUUGCACAAGAAUUCACCAGAAGAACUGUCUGUUGAUGGAUACCUGAUAAACAAUGACCUGCAAGGAAAGAUAUUGGUGACGGAAUCUAUCAGGGACAAUGUGUUUUAUCAAAGCUCAAGCGAAAGAGAUUUCUCUUGCGAAAAGCCAAGAACAAUAAACUUGCUGGGUCAAAGCUUGAAGCAAGAGAAUACAACAAGAGAAACGCCAAAGACUGAAGAUUUAAUAAACAAAAGGUCAUGUAAAAAAGUUUCGCAUGAUAAAUGCUUAAAACCAGGAAUUUUAAUGGGGAAAAUAUCCAGAAGACAAGGUUUAUUAAGUGAAAUAUCAAAGACGGGAGUUCUGUUAGUUGAAAGUGAGAAGAAACAAAUUUUGUUGCAGGAACUCAUGAAUAACAAUUUGACACAAGACGUUUUAGCAAGACAAAGUUCAAAGACUGUGGACCUGCAGUUGGGCAGACUCACUAAGACAACAAAGCUAUUUGGUGAAAGGGUGAGUAUUGAAGAUCCAUUGAGUCAAAUCUCUGCAAGAAAAAGUUCAGUGGGUCAAAAAUCAGAGGAAGGUGUGUCCACAUUUGAAAACUUGACAAGUUUGCGGAACCAAAACUUGGUAGAAGAUAUUCUUGAUAUUAGCCCAACGAGGUCAACGUCUAAUCGUGACACAUUUGGUUUCUCUUACAGCCCAAAAGACACGACUACACAGUUCAUAUCAGAUGAUUUGCAAUGGAACUUAAGCUCUGGUCAAGUUGUUGCUGGUGAAGUUUGUAAUGAGAUCUUGAGGGGAGGUGCACCAUUGGCUUCACAAUUGCAAGAGCAUCAAAUUGAGACAUUUGGUCCUGUAUUCAGCCACAGGCCUGAGCUGGUUUUGUCUAAUUUUGGCUAUGAUGGGGGAGGUAAAUCGACAUGUGGUGAAUUCUAUGAAGGUGAUCACUUGGAUAAAAGCUCAAGGGAAAAAUGUCCCGACUCUCCCAAAGGAGAAUUUAUAGAGGACCAGUCCCAAGGUGGUCAAGUUGUUAGUGGAGGUUUUAUGACAGAAGGUUUGUUGGUUUCGCAAAACUGGCACGAAAUUCUACGAGGGUCAAUUUCGGACCUUGACCAAUAUAUCACGGCCAAUUUGUUGAGAUCACCAACUCCAGAUGGUAAACUGAACACUCCUCAAGAAUGUGGAGGUGGUAUCAUGGAAGAUCCUCUAAGCAUAGAAGGUUCAUCAAGCAGAAGCUUGAAAAAUGGAGUUUCCCUGGAUCAAAGCUCACGAGAUAUAUUUCUUGGAGAAAGCUCAAGCGCAAAUGUAAUUGGAUUGCAUGAGGUGGCUUUAACUGAGUUUGUUUCACCAACUAGGCAAACCACUGUAGCCCACCUGUUGACAUCUCGUGAUCAAUUUAGUGAGGCUGGCUCUUCACAGUGCUAUGAAGGAGUAAAGUUAAAGCAGGAGAUAGAGGAACCCCAUCCCUUGCCUGAAGAACUAUCCAGCUUGCUGGAAUUUUCCCCGACCACCUUACCAGAUUGGCAUGACAUUGGUUGUGAAACUUCAAGCAUAAUGGACAUCACUUUUGGGCUUGAGAUGUAUCACCUUCAUCCUAUCAUGAGAUAGGACCUUAAAUGAGGUAAAAGUUUGGUUUCUGCAGUAGUCUUGCAUAAGGUUAACUCGAGACAUUUUGAACUCAAAUGUUCUCACUGUUGACUCAGCAGUUAAAAACAUUCAACAGUGAGAAACAUUUUGGUUUCAAUUAAUAGGUAAAAGCGUGUCUCUUGAAUUAGGAUUGUUGGGUUUAGAGCACGGGUGAACUACACUCAUAAAUCAAAUAUAGUAUGUAGCUAGAUUUCUUUAGCGCUGGCAAUGUACUUUUGAUUUGAACCAACGGCGAAUUUAAGUCUUGAUCAUCUUCCUCUUUUUUCCCCACCAUAACCUUCCGGGAGAGCUUAUCCUUAUGGCUGAUCAAGAGUGUUUGCUGACAAGUUUGGGUAGAUAACGUUGCUUUGAAACAAGCUGAAGCACUUCCAAGGUUGACGCUGAAUCCGUCCAGUGCGAGGAUGUCAUUGUUUAGUUUAGAACAAGCUGAAGCACUUCCAAGCUCGUCCAGUGCGACAAUGUCAUCGUUUAGUUUAGAAAUAUGCAGUAAACAAUGAAAUUAGUUUGUCUUCUUUCUCUAUGUGUAAUAGAAGUUCUUCACCAAUGUUCCUAGUAGUUUAGAUGCCCUUCGCGGCGAGACAACGAUCCAUGCUUUUAAUUU